UACGGUUAUGGCUACGGCUACGGUUAUGGCUACGGCUAUGGCUACGGUUAUGGCUAUGCGGGACUUCCUAGUUAUUAUUCCGACAGUAGAGGGUCCACCUGUUACCAGCCUCGAUGGCCCAGAUUGGGAGGUGGAUACAGAUGUACCUAUGAGUUCUCUGCUUUGAUCAGGGGCUAUAGAAGUCUUUGGCGGUCCAGCCACUACCAAGCAGUCAUGCCACCGAAUGCUAGAUUCUUUUCAUUCUUCUAUUACUCCCUUAGUUACUAUUAUGCAUGGAUAGAGAGAGAUGUCUUACCACGGUUCUACUGCUGUGGACUUGCUGGUGGAAAUUUCUGUAGGCUUUACGAGCGACGUCGUCCACGGGCUCACUGCUUUGGUUACAGACGACCAUGGUUGGGAUGGUUUUGGGGUGAUCCGCAUAUCAAUACUCUGGAUGGUAGGAAAUACACCUUCAACGGCCUUGGUGAAUACAUUACGUUGUCUUACAAUCACGGUGAUCCAUUCGUUUUACAAUCAAGAACUGGCAAGGCUUUUAACAACAGUGAACCUGUUGAACACGGAACGGUCUUCAUAGGGUUCGCUGCUACACAAAAUAUCACAAAGGUUGAAUUCCAGCUGAACGACAACAGGACAGAAAUUAGUAUUCUUGUUAAUGGUUCUUCCAUUAAUAUGACAGAUAUCCUAAACGAUGGAUAUGACUCACAGGAUCCGACUUUCAUCUUAUCCUCGGAUAAUGAGACCGAAUCCGAGGAUGAGAUCAAGGCCACAGCCCUCUUUCAACCAGAAGGCUAUUCGAGUACGUCCUUCACAGUGACCUUUAAGAAUGGGAUCUUGGAUAUAAGCGUCAUGGUCCCGCCUGAGUAUUCUGAGAACGCAACGGGGAGGGGUCUGCUUGGUAAUGUCAAUGGAAAUAAAUCGGAUGAUUUUCUUUUACGGAAUGGAACGUUACUUACCGAUCAACCCGGGAGAAAUUUAACAGAAGAAGAAAUAUUCCAAUUUGGACAAUCAUGGAGGAUAACGGAGGACGAGUCGCUGUUUGAAUACGGUGAUAGGGACUGGGGUUUCUACAACCCGAGUAACUACACACCAAUGUUCUUAGACGCCCUACUCGCCCUCGACCCAGACAGGACCAGAGAGGCCAGGGAGACUUGCGGGGAUAACGAAGCAUGCCUCUUCGACUUCCUCGCUGUCAACCCCGAAUUGGGAAUGCAGACGAUGGACACCGGGAACCAACUUGACGACAAUCUCCUAAACCUUGAUAAUUUCCCUCCAAACAUAACAAGCGUGACAGAGCUGACAGAAACAGAUGGACUUCAAGAGGAAGAUAUUCUCUAUGUGCAAGUGGGCGUGAAUAUUACCUUACAGAUUACUGCACAGGACCCUAACGAUGAUGAUGAAGUAUAUUUCACUUUCAACGAUACAACUCCAGAUGGCGCAAAUAUCAGCUCAGAUGGCAUAUUCACCUGGAUACCCACUGACCUGAACGUCUCCUCCAUUGAGAUCAUCACCAUGGACAACCGAGGCGCGGAGACCGCUUUGUCGUACAAGGUUCUCAUCUGUCAAUGCGAGAACGAUGGCGUGUGCGACUUUGAGAGCCAGGCCGAGGGACAGGACCUCAGUGCUAAUGGCUUUGCUGUGGUCACGUGCAACUGCACUGAUGGUUGGUCAGGUGACCACUGUGACGUAGACUACGAUGCAUGUGAGGGCAGCGGACCUUGUUAUGAGGGGGUUAUCUGCUACGAUGAGCCUCCAUCUUCGGAUGAAGAAUACAGAUGCGGGCCAUGCCCUCCCAAGCUGACGGGCGACGGGAGUAACUGUUUCGAUUUCAAUGAAUGUGCUGAUAAUGACACAAAUAACUGUGGUCAGAUUUGUGAAAAUGAAUUGGGUUCCUACACAUGUUCUUGUGAACCAGGCUAUAGGCUUGGCCUUGAUCAACAUUCAUGUAUUGAGAUAUUAUGUACUGAGGAACUAAUGAAUUCCACGAGAUCUGAAAACUGUACUUGCGAUCCAGGCUUUGAACUCAUAAAUGGAUCCUGUAUAGAUUUUAAUGAAUGUCUAGCUGGUGUCGACCAGUGCCCGCCUGAAAUAUCUACUUGCAACAACAUACUGGGAGAUUAUAAUUGUACUUGCCAUUCAGGAUACGAAAACAUGUCCCCAAAAGAGUGUCAAGAUAUUGACGAAUGUGGACGUGACUUGGAUAAUUGCAACAAGACUGAAUUCAACUGUGUGAACAUACUGGGUAACUUCUCAUGCGUAUGCAAGGAUAAUACAACAGAAAUCAAUGGAGUUUGUCUAGGUGCAUUGACACUGUCGCUCAACGUUCGUUUUUCAUUUAUCAACGGGCUAAGCGUUGUUAUCUUCGCAGAGACAAUUGACUCCCAAGAAAAUCAGCAGAACUUGGCACAAGAUGUCUUGCGUUACCUCAACACGUCAUCGGAAUUGAGGAACGACACAUUGCAGGCUGUAUCUGUGCAGAACUACAGCUUGGCAGGAAGUUCUCUUCUGAUUUCCUUCCGGGUUGACCUGAAACCCGACUCGUCACUGACUGAAUCUAAUCUGGAGAAUAUUUUCAUGGAACUCCUUCCAAGCUCACGGCUUAUUGAACCAGACCAUGAAGUUACGCCCGAGGAUAUCAACGAAUGUGAGCUGUCUACGGAUGUGUGUAGUAACGGUAACUGUACAAAUACAGACGGUAGCUAUUUUUGUACCUGUUUUGUGGGGUUCCAACUCGGAAACGGGGAUGCUUCUUGCGUAGACAUCAAUGAGUGUCUCGGGAAUCAUGAAUGCAACCAGACUUGUAUCAACUCACCGGGGGAUUACUCGUGUUCUUGCAUUCCUGGAUUUGAGCUUGGUGAUGAUGGUUUUACAUGCAGUGAUACUAAUGAAUGUAUUGCAAUAGACGUAUGUGGUAACGGGAACUGUACAAAUACAUAUGGAAGCUACUAUUGCACUUGUGAUGACGGUUUCACUGGAACUGGAAACGAUUCUUGUAUAGAUAUCGAUGAGUGCGAAUCUGAUCCUUGUCAAAAUGGAGCGACCUGUACACAUGGGAUGAACAUGUAUAUCUGUACCUGCGCACUCGGUUAUACUGGAACUAAUUGCUCAAUUGAGAGCCCACAACCUACAACCAUACAACCCAGCACAACUAUAACAGAAUAUACUAGGCCUACUGAUUUAACCACUUCUGAUUCUACAACUCAUCCAACAACGAUCACUUCAACUGAAAUAACUACGCCCACUGCCACCACCACAACAGAGGACUUACUAGCUACAACUACCAUGCAACCCAGUACAACUACUCCGGAAAAUACUAGUCCUACAGAUUUAACUACUGAUACUCCUGAUUCUACCACUCUUCCAUCAACGAUCGCUUCACCUGAAACGUUCGUAAGCAUCAUAAGGAUUGAAAUCACAGCCAACAGACGAAAUGGUGAAGUGCUUGUAUUCACAGAGGAACUCAAUAAUCAGUCUACGGACGCUUUUAUGGAUUUGGAAGAUGUCUUUUGCGGCGCGGUUUCAACGUAUUUGAAUGUAAGCUUGAAUUCAGCUCAGCUAAUCAGUAUCACAUGUGAGGUAGUCUCUUUCCGAAAUGGUAGUGUGAUCGGUGAUCUUCGAAUCGGUCUUGCAGCACCAUCUCAGAAUUCCGCUGAUAGUCUUGCUGAAUCAGCCACUGACCUAUCACCUGCAAAUGAGACAUUACCCUAUCUCGGCGAUUCACUUUACGUCGAAGAGUUAGCCGUAGACAAUACCGAUGAUUGUGAGAACACCAACCCCUGUCAAAAUGGAGGGAACUGUACGGAUGAAUUCAGCACGUACAGUUGCGCAUGCCCUGAAGAUUACACAGGGAAAGACUGUUCAACAUUCUCUGGUAGGUCUGGUCUAUCACCUGGUGCUAUUGUUGGAAUCAUACUUGGUGCUUUGUCGGGAGCUCUGAUCUUCAUUAUCUUCGCGUGUUUAAUAAUGGUCCAGACAGUCCGUCGUAAUCAGGCAAAUAGGAUGGUGAUUGGGAUGCAGAAGCAAAGCAACUACCACAUCUCAGAGCAUCGGCGAAUAUUCGAUGACCGACGGUCGGAUCGUUCAUUGGACGAUUACUCGAUUGAAGCUUCUCUUGAUCGUCGACAGUAUGAUAUCGGUAGAGCUGUUAAUCGGAUAAGACAAUAUCAAGGAAUGGAUAACCCUGCAAGUGAAAUAGACUAUAAUUGGAGACCAGGAGGUUUGGAUAACUUUGCUCUACCAUAUCUAGUUGAUGGGCAUAGCAGCGCCAGUGGUGAGAGCGCCGUCGAACGAAACCCGUUACACUACAGCUACUACUAACAUGACUAAGGCUUAGAUGUAUCUGCAAACAGUCCAAGCAACAUUUAUCAUUUUGAUUUGCACCCAACCUACACGUGAUGUGAAUGUGUACAGGACUGAUCCAUUGAAUACACUGAGUACUGGAAACGGCAACCAGACCUAAAGCUGCGGUAGUAAAUAAUGCGCCCCGGAAUAGACUCUAAUCUUAUAAUCUAGAAUUGAACAAAACAAAUGUCAAUUUAUCUUCACUCUGAUCUGUUCUAAUUAUUGUUUAAUAAAUAUGCUAUGUGAGCUAAAUAUAUCUAAACUCAAUCAAGCUUUUAUAUUAUUAUUAUUAUUAAAUUAAAACAAUAUUA